AUUUUAGCCAUAAACUUUCUUUUAAAAGUAACAAUUUUAGUUAAAUCUAAGCCUUUUGAGGAGAAAGGCUUUUAUGCAUCUCAGUUUAAACACAUGCAUUGGUAGUUAUCAAAUUUGGAAAUUAGAAGUUGAAGAUAGUUUUAUACCUCACUUUUUAGGAGGUUGUGUUCAAAAUUAAAAUCUGUCUCAGAAUCUUCCAGGACAUUUAAAGACUCUUGUUGAUAGCAUGGAGGAGAAGGAAAGAAAUCUCAACUUUCUGUUCACUUGUAGGUCCAUUUGUUAUCCAGCUAUCCAGUUGACAGGAAAGAACAUAAAUAAGCAGCCUGACAUUAAAAUGUUUCAUAUUUUCUCUCCACAUUUCAAAAAAUUAUUCUCAUCACCGCACAGACCUUUCCGAAGGCAUCAGUUUCUGUGUGGCCCAGGAACAGCUCUAAGAUGGAGGUAUGGCCCUAUCCUUUAAUGGGGGUACCGAUGGAGUUUGUGGAGUUAAAAGUUAUGACAGCAGUGAUGCCUCUACUCUCCAGGUAUUGUCUAGCUUGGUGAUGUAAUGACAGGUUAAACGUUUGUAAUUUCUUGGUAAUUUCUUGGUUAUGUAGUAAGAAAUGUAAAUUAACAACAAGGGUUGAAAAUUAUUUGGUUUCACCCAUUGUCUCUCAUUUCAGGACCAAGCAGGAGACUGUAGAGGUUUAUGAAGUAUUCUAAUUUGGGGUUCAGGAAAUAGCCUCUCACCACUACUAAUUCAGAUCUCUCCCAGAGAGCUACUGGAUUUGAUUUCAUCAUAAUUGACAAAUAUUAGUGACUGCCUUCUUGGGUGGCCACUGCUAGAAAUGGCUGUCGUCAUAUUUUCUGGAUUUUGCCAGCUGAAGGCACAACAAAUCCCAGCCUGGGUUUUAGACAUACUUCUGUUACCUCGCUGCUACUUUUCUGCCAGGGAUAAAUGUUUUGAGGUAGCCAGACCCAGAACAUCCUUACAAGGAUGCCUGUUACAGUGCCAGAGUAUACACUGCUCAUUUCUCCAGUUCUUAUGUGCUUUCUUCUUAGGAUUAUUUUACGUUAAGAAAAUAAGUCACAUUUAAAGUCCAAAGAGGAGUGAUCACAGUUGUAUAAGGGGUGAUUUCACACUUGAACUCUGAUGUCAGUAGAUUCUGUAGGUCAGGGCUACAAUGGUCUGUUUGGUUUGAUGUUUUGGUGGUUUAAUUAGGAAGUAGGGGGUAGUGUAGGGCUUAAUUCCCUGUGCAGAUAUUUCUGUUCCAGAAGUAUGUAUUUUGUCAUCUGUGAGCAAGAGAUGUGGGCAUAGCGGCUCUUGGUUUUAAGUUUGAUGUACUUUUUUCUUCAUGUUUGUUUUAAGCUCAGGUAAAGGUAACCUUCACCUUCUGUGACUCCAGUUUCCAUUCAGGGUAUAAUGUUAUUCAGUAAUUAAUUUUCUUAUUAAUCUGGGCAAUAAAUUGAUGUUUCCAAUUGGUAGCAUAGGGGGAGGAGGAUGUAUGAUAAAGUUUAGCAAGUUCUACCCUAAAAAUGUUUUAGUAGCUCAGCAGGUAUAGGUGAGGUUUAUCAACUUUCAUGGAAAUUCCAAAUUGAUGGUUCAAGAGAAAAAUGGGCCCUUGUUUUAGUGGAUGUGAACAAAGAAGGCUACAAAUCAAUGAGCAACUUAUAACUUUCCAGAGGUUAAAAAUAACUGAUGUAGGUAUAUUUCCACAGUGUAGUUUUUCAAGCAAAACUUUUACCUUUGGCUUAGUUUUACAUUUCUGCUCAGCCAAAUGUUCUUUGGUGUGCAUGUUGGGGGUAGGCUUCCUGAUCCUGUAAUUUGCUCUAAUUUCUGGCAACUCUGUAAUUCAAAUGGCUUUGAUAAGUGGAGAACCAUGUUGAAUGCAAUUUGUGAUCUGAAAGACUUUAUGCUCUCCCAGGGAAGGAGGGAUGGAUCCAGGAUUAUGCAGCCCCCAAAGGCUUGAAGUCCCAGUGUAUAAGGCACAGACAGAGUAUGGGGCAUACAGGUGCUGUUUCCUUCUGCUCAAAAUAACAUCUAUCUAAAAAUGGGAGUGUGGUAAGAACCCUUGAACCUUUCACUAGUAUGGGUUUGAGUUCGUGGUCACUGAGUUCAUCUGCCUUUGUUGAAAGUCUUUGACUAGAAUAAUGGCAGUCAUUAGUAGUCCACUUGGUAAGUUUGCUAGCAUGUGUUUGGGACAAGCUGGGACACUUGGGUCUGUGGCUUAAACAGUUUAGUUGCUACAUGUGACAAGUGCACCAGGAGGUGACGGAGCCUGGCAUUCAGAGACAAGGACAGAGGCAGGUAGUCUCUCAUACUCCUUUUUCACAUAUGAGGGGCUUUCCUCCUCUUCUCUAUCUGGGAGCCCGGGGACAAUUAGCAGGGCUUUUACUGUUUUAACCCUUUCCUUGCUCAGCCAACUCUCCCUUUUGUCCAGUGCUUCCUCCUGAGGCCCCCCUCCUACCCAUUGGCCCUUUGGCAGUAAUAGUUACAGAAGGUUGUCCCCCUUCUGCCCUGGCCCCGCACAUACACUCACACACACACCUAUCCACACCGUCCUCCAUCUCCAGGUCCUCUACUUCAGGGCAGGCAAUUCUCCUCUGGACUCUAUAUUUAUAAAUACAGAAACCUACAUCUUUGGCCAGUAAUGUCAUGAGGCCUUCACGGGUGGUUACUUCUGCAUACACUGAGGAAGUAUUUGUUAGAGAGGCAGAGACUUCGAGAGUUAUUUAUUUCUACUAGAAGAUGGAACUUUACCCAAAGUGGGAGUCCACCUUGCUCAGACAUGUUUUGUGAUAGGUGGUAAAAAAAUGUAUCAGAGGUCAUUUGACACUCCCGCUGGCAGUAGUUCUCCAUUCAGCAUUUUAAAAACCCAUUCACAUUAUAGCUUCCUAAAAAGAAUCGAUUUAUGUUUACAUGAAACAGUAAAUUGUAUUAUGUGAACUAUUGUAGGGAUUUCCAUGACAGCCUCUUGUCCUGAGGUGGAGAGACUGGAGGUAGUCCACUCGCUCAGUGUGGAAUCAGACUGUGGGUCCUCAGUAGCUAAAGAAGCCAUGUACUGUAUAGUGUUUUUCUCAGUAUCAACUCAUGUUCUUCAGAUGCUUUUCUUUUUUUUAACGGUGAGGGAAAAGGUAUAAUUUGGGAUUCCACAGUGCCUUGCAUAUAGUAGGCGCCCAAUAAAUAUUUGUUGAAGAAAACCAAGUUUCCCAAGUCCUUGUCUCUUGCAGUGACCAACAGCAUCUCCUCCGAAGGGCUUGGCGGUUGUGGCUAAAAAAUAAGCAGUAUCAUUAUUUGCUUGAAAUCAUAUAUACAGUUUGUAUGAAUUUCGGUAUGUUGCCAAGACAUCUUUUUCUUAUUGUAUUUUCUGUAAAUAUUGCUGGCACUGAACUGUACAGGCGAAAUGUAAAUGUGAAGGUGAACCCGUGUCCCCCGCCUCCUGUGUUUUCUCUUCGUUGGUUAGGGAAGAAGGCCCAGAGGCUCGUUUGUAUUUAUGCCGAUCCUUUGUCCAGAAGAAACCCAUGGAAUAUUGAAUGUAAUACAUUUAGUCAAUUAAAUUUUAAGGAGAUUCUUAUCUAACAGCGUGUGUGCUUUUGUUUACAGGCCAGGCGUUGGAUUCCUGCAUGGGUGUUCCUGAUUUACUUACUCUCUCCAGAGGGGUUCUGCUCUGCUCUGCUCUGCUCUGGCUGCCCUUCAUAAUUCAGAUGUGUGGGUUUUCACCCUAGUUUUAUAGAGUUUUCAUCAAUACUUAAAAUUUGAUUAAUUUAAAAAAAAAGUAUUUGGCCCUCUAUGCUAGAAGGUGUUUAAUUAAAGCACCGCCAGCAGAGACCCACCUUACAGAAGUUAGCAGUUGCCAAGGGCUGGCGGGUCUUUGUGUCUUGGGAACACAGAAAUGCCAGCUAUACUCUUUGCCUGCAGAAAAUCUGACUCCUAGGGCUAGCCAGUCAGGGAUGGGGAGAGAGGUUGCCGGCCCCUCUUCUACCCCUUUAAGUAGGGUUGGCUGCAGAGGGUUCCAUGGGUCCAGUUUGACACUUCAGCGCCUAGAUCACACAUGGUGCAGGGUUUGUACCACUUUGGGAGACAGUGAUGUGUGCCUUUGCCAAGAGCCAGCCCCUCUAGCCUGGCACUAACUCCAGGUGACAUCAGUGUGUGGCCCCCUGAACUAUGCCUGGAAGCCAGGCCUGGGAGCUGCCUCCCAGGUGUGUGUUCACACGUGUCCUGCCUGCUCAUCACAGGACCCCCAGCUGUGCCCUGGUGGCCAGGGAAUGUUCCCUGGGCUGACUGCACAGUGGCCCUGUUUUGGCAUCGGGCAAGAAAAUGUGUGUUCAAACCUUUCCCACCUGUGCUGUCCAGUUCUCUCUGACCUCAGCCCUUCAGGACCCAGUGCCAAAAAAUCACCCCUAACCCCAACCCAGACCACCUAGCUCCUGGUCUUGGCCUCUGGGCCUCGAGUGGCCCGCCCACCGGGGCACUGUGCUGCUUGGAUGUGCAUUCUAAUACCAUCUGCCCAGACAACCUCUUCUGGGAACCUUGAUCAUCCCACAGCUGGGCUAAGACACGUCUAAACCCACUGGCCCUCUAACCCCCUGCUCUCCUCGCUCCGUUUUUCACUGUGGCUGGCCCUUUUGGGCUGGUGGCUUCCUAUAAGAGAGUCCUUCUACCCCAUGACUUCUUUUAGGUCUACCACCCACUUCUUGGCAGCCACUCCCCCAUCCUGGAGCUGGGUCUGCCCAGCUUUCCAACCUGUGCUCCACAAAAUGCUGUGGUCUCAAAAUUAAGUCUGCAUCAGACUGGUUGCUCAUUACUGUGUCAAGUCCUGAGCCUCAAUCCCUACAGGUUCUGACUCGAGGGAGCAAGGCGAGUGUGGAAAUCAGCAUGUUUCGUAAGCACUCGCGAGCUCCCACCCACCUGCCAGCAGCAGCCGAGGCAGGUGGUCCGAGGACCCUCUUGGAGAAUACCGCGCUUCUGCCUUUCCCUCCACAAGCAGCAGCCCUUCCUGGUGUGGGCUUCCCAUGCUAGUCAGGCUCCCAGCCUGGCCGGAGUUCCCCUCCAGCUCAGGGACUGUUCCAGAGCGUCCUUCCUGCCACAGGGCCUGGCACAUGGAGGUUUACUAACUACUUCAUGAAUGAAUGAAUGAAUGAAUGAAUGAGUAUAUGAAUGAAUGACAGGCCAGGUGGGAGGAGAUAAGAAUGGCAUUUGGGAGUAUUUGCCCACUUGGGAGAUAAAGGAACAGGGUUAAAGCCUAAAGGCCCCUCACUGAAAACCCUAAUGAGGAGAGGUGCUGAGGCUCCCGGAUUAAAUACACAUUUACUGAGGACCUGCUAUGUGUUAGGAAGUUUUUAGAUGGCAGCCCAGUGACCCAGUCUGGCUCAGCAGACUUGUUUGAUUUGGCCAACAAUGUUUUAGUGUUCAACAUUUUUAAACUGGGAAAUUUCACAUAAAUAUUUAAGAUUUUUUGGCUUUCUUGGAAUAAGUCAGGAAAGCUGGCAAUAUUGAACUUGCAUUUCUCACAUUUCAGUUACUGGCUGGAGCUAUAACAUCUGCUUGCUUUAGAUGCACUAAGCUCCAUCCAGUUUGCACAGUUCCCACCACUCCCACAAAGUGUAAAUGUGGGCACAUGUAGCCAAGAUUUUGGAACUGGGGACCGGGCUGGCUCCUGGAGGAAUCUUGAGACCUUAGAUCUAUGAAUAUCCACCUGGGGGCAAUGUUUACUCCAGCACUUACUUUUCUAACUAUUGGAAGCUUGGUGAGGUAAGAUUUCCAUCCUGCAAGAGGAACCCAAUAGCAUCUUAGCAGGGAUUCAUACCCAGGCCUACCCGUCUGGAAAGCCUCAACAUUUAUUCUCACUGCUCUGGCUCCUGACCGUUCAGCCAAAACAGCUCUCCCUUCGCCUGAAGGACACUGUGACUUCCUUGUUACAUCACCGGCUCAGUCACAAUUGGGCUGAAGGCAGAGCAUGGCCCAGCCCACCAGGUCCCCGGGGCAGCCCUGCCAGCUCAGCCCAGGCUGGCCCAGCUUAGCCACAUAUGCACCAUGAAGUACCCUCUGGUGCCGCUGGUGAACGACCUCACGUUUUCUUUCCUGGUUUUCUGGCUCUGCCUGCCCGUGGCCUUGCUGCUGUUCUUGUUGAUCGUCUGGUUUCGCUUCUUACUUAGCCAAGAUUCAGAGGAAAAUGACUCAGAUUUAUGCUUUGAUUGGGAGCCCUGGAGCAAAGGCCCAGCCAAGUUUCACUGGGACAAGACACGCCAUAACCAAAAGGAGGAGAGGCCGGGCUGGUGA